ACAUAAUUCUCUACCUUACCAGGCGAGAAUUAACUUUACUCAGCUGAAUAAUACGUUGCGUUUCUUCAAUUGGGAGGUUAUUUAAGAAGAAGUUAAUGUCUCUAAUACUACGUUUCCACCUACCCUAAAUCCGAGAUUUAGCUAUGUAAGUAGAUUUAGCAUAAAUCUCGAGUCUUAGGGCCUUACCAAUAAUCAAAUUUAAAGCUCAGUUAAAUAUUUAACUGAGCGUUAAAUAUUUCCCCAUACCAAUAACCAAUUUAAUAGUCAGGUUAAGUGUUAACGCCACGUUAAAUUUAUAGUUGGGAAACUGAACUAUAAACGCACCAUUAAAUAUAAACGCACGGUUUGCACUGUCAUUUUGACAGCAAAAAAAAAAAAACAUUUGUCAAGUCAACAAGUUGUUGUAAAGUUAUAAUAUUGGCGGCAAAUUAUUCAAAGUAAGUGGACAAAUUUAUUUGUUUAAAUAUUCAUUUGUGUUUAUCUUUUUAUUUAUAAAUAUUCAUUUAUUUUCAGAUAUGGCUGAAAAGGAAAACCAAAAACGAAAACGGUCAGCAAAUUGGACCACUUCAAUGAAGGAGCUGCUUAUCGAAGCGGUGAGACCAGUGGCCGAUAUCAUUGAUUCAAAAAUGAAUGAUGGAAAAAAUUUGAAACUUAAAACAGAAGCCUGGGAAGGCAUUGCAGCUUCUUUUCGGGCCAGUGGAUUUUAUUUACAACCGAAGCAAAUAAGGGACAGGUGGAGCCGCUACAAGCAAGAAGCCAGAACCAAUAUUAGCCAUUAUAAAAGAUCUCAGAAGGAGACUGGUGGUGGAAAGCCUCCUGAGGAGCCGGCGGAGGCGGACUACGAAAUUGCUGAGAUAUCAGCUAUAGAUUUUGUAGAAGACAUUGCAGAAUUUGACAGCGACGCAAUAUACGCCGCUGAAUACAAUGAAAGAGAAAUACCGAUGUCUUCACCACCACCACCACCAUCACCACCAGCAUCACCAUCACCACCAAUAUCACCACCAUCACCACCACCAUUACCACACCAACCCGAAAAAAGCCCCACUCCUCCGCCCAAAAUAACUAGCGGCAAAAAUAAAAAAAAAGAGCCCGGAAAUGCCCUUCCUUGCCUACCUCGGAGGAGCUUCUAAAUAAAAGAAUAAAGCAGGUAGACACGGAAAGCAAAAAAAGAGAAAAAAUUCUUGCUCUUGAAGAAGCCGUUUUAAAAAAAAAUUAGAAGUGCAAGAAAGAAAACUUUUUUUGACAAAUUUAAAAAUUAAGAAUCAAGAAGAAAAAGAUCAUUAGAAGUUUUAAUAG